AUGUUAAAAAGCGUGCUAUGUACAACUAGAAAACAAACAAAGCAAAAACCUAUGGGAAUGUCUAAUAUUGUGAUUUUGGGAUCUGGAAUUAUUGGAUUAUACACAGCUUAUUGUUUGCUAGAGGUCGCCAGUGUUCCUGGAUCAAAAAUUAGAGUUAUCGCAGAAUAUUUACCGGGAGAUUCUUCUAUCAACUUCACCUCUCCGUGGGCUGGUGGAAACUUUUCAUGUAUUUCACCAAAUGACCAAGAUACGUUAGCCUUUGAUAAAUUCACAUACCUUAAUCUGGAAAAAAUCUUAGCAGAGUUGGGACCAAGGUGUGGAUUAGCUAUGAAGCCGAGUACUGAAUUUUGGGAUGUUUAUCCCGGAGAUGUUAAAAUCAAUUCUCUAAAGACUUAUUUGAAAGACUUUAAGGUGAUAUCCCGAUCUUCAUUACCAGACGGUGUUGCUUUUGGUAUUUCAUACAAAACUUGGAACUUCUAUUGUCCCUUUUUCCUGUCAAACCUUAAAAGAUACCUUAUGAGACACGGUGUAACCUUUGAAAGGCAAAAAUUGACCCAUAUCUCCCAAGCAUACUUGCCACAUACUGAGGCAGUUUUCAAUUGCACCGGUAUUGGUUCAUUUUCUAUCUCGGGCAUCAAAGAUACAAAGGUAUAUCCUACAAGAGGACAAGUGCUAGUUGUAAAUGCACCACAUGUUCAAGAGAAUCGGAUGAGAUGGGGGGAAGAUUAUGCCACAUAUAUCAUUCCAAGACCAGACUCCAAAGGUCAAGUGAUUCUUGGCGGGUUCCUGCAAAAGGAUAAUUGGACAGGUGACACUUUUGAGGAGGAGUCAAAAGAUAUUCUUCUUAGAACAACGACCCUAUUGCCUAAAAUAUUGGACAAGCCUAUUGAAAUAAUUGGAACAGCGGCAGGUUUACGACCAAGCAGACACGGUGGUGCAAGGAUACAGGCAGACAUUGUUGAUGGUAAACUCUUGAUCCACAAUUAUGGUGCUGGUGGUUAUGGAUAUCAAGCCGGUCUAGGGAUGUCCAAAAAGGCUGUUGAAUUAUACCUAGAAAAUAAAAUGUUGCUAUGUAAGCUCUGA